CAAUCCGCCAUUCAAUUCAAGUCCACAAACUCAGCCUGAGGCUAAACUCUCAUUGUUUAUGCUUCAAGCCACUGACACAGGCUCCCGUCCAUAAUGUUGUGGAAAUUAACUUGCUUGAGCCCCAUUCCGUCUCUCAAUACAUUUAAAAGGCUGCUCGAUCUGACACUCAACUGCCAGCUCUCAGACGAACGCCAAAACCCAUAAACUUCAAGACCUUAGAUUCAUUCACACAUAAGCCAUCAUGAUGCUUUACCACUGCCAUAGCAUAAACUCUGAUGACACUCCUGCUCACAACUCAGAGGCAAAAUCCAUGCCCAAGUCUAAAAAAGUAACAAGCUCGCGGAGAAAUGACGCCAAGCCGACGCGCAUCAAUCCUGCGCGAGCGCAGAAACAGAACCAACGCGUUGUCGAUGCUAUCAAGAAGCAUCACAAACAACGACGACGCGAGCCUAUGCACAUAUUUGUUGGCAAUCUCGGCAAAACAGUCGACGAAGGCACUAUUGAAGAAUACUUCAGCCACUGUGGCAAAAUUCUCUCUGUUGAGAUUCGCUGCAGCGGUGGUCUGGCAAUGACGAUUGGUCGCCCAGAUCCAGCAUAUAUUGCCCAAUAUUCUGUUAGGCAGUACGCUAUGAUCACAUUUAUUGACGCAUCAGCUGGCAAUAAAGCUUUGGACCUCAAUGGGUCUCGUCUUCAAUUAGGCGAUCAAUCUACGGAACUUGUGGUCACUCGCAGCGCUGGUGAUCUUCCAGAAGUAUUUGAAAAGGUCCAGCAGCGUCUUGAACAAUAUCGAGCUCGUAAUGGAUUUGCUGAUGCGAGGCGUGCCCGCCAAAGCGCAAUUAGGACUCUGAAGCUCCAACCCACCAUUUUAUUAGAAACUCCCGGAGACAAACACCCGCGCGGGAAGAUCUUUGGCUUUUCUUUCCCUUUGCCCCUCUUUUGACUCUUCCAUGUACCUUUGUUUCAAUGAUGUCGCCAUUUUUUGUUUCUUUCACGCUGUCUUGGCUUCCAAUGUACCUAUGCCGUAUGCCCAACAUGCCAAUACACAACAUGUAUUAUGGUUGGCGAUGAGACGCCCUGAAUGUAAGGCAUUGACAC